UACGUGCUGACGCAGCGUGCACACUGGGGCCGCGCGGGGGGUCGCCUGGUGCCGCCGCCGCUGCCAUGGGGGACCCGCCGCUGCGGCCACGGUCGCUGUUCCUGGCCGGGCUGGCUGCCGCCUACCUCGCCGCCUUCGCCUCGCUCUACGUCCAGAUCCCCGGGCUGUAUGGGAGAGACGGCAUCCUGCCGGCCCGCAAAGUGCUGCGCCUCAACGGGAAGGGGCUGUGGGAGCAACUGCGGGAUUUUCCCACCCUGUUGUGGCUCAGUCCCCACCUGGGUUUGGAUACAGAGCUGGGGAUGGAGCUGCUCUGCCUCCUUGGUGUGCUCGCCUCCUUUGGCGCCUUGCUGUUUGAGCCCCUGCGGGACAGCCUGCUCUUCGCCCUGCUCAGGAUGCUCUAUCUCUCGCUCUACCAGGUGGGGCAGGUCUUCCUCUACUUCCAGUGGGAUAGUCUUCUGCUGGAAGCGGGAUUCCUGGGGGUGCUGGUGGCCCCCCUGCACCUGCUGAAGUGGCGGUCCACGGCGUGGCGUGCCCAUGAUGGCAUCACCUUCUGGCUGGUGCGCUGGCUCCUCUUCCGGCUGAUGUUUGCCUCUGGUGUGGUGAAGCUGAGCAGCCGCUGCCCCACUUGGUGGGGACUCACAGCUCUCAUCUACCACUACGAGACCCAGUGCAUCCCCACACCAAGCGCCUGGUUUGCCCACCAGCUGCCCGUCUGGUUCCAGAAGUUCAGCGUGGUGGCCACCUAUGUCAUCGAAAUAGCUAUCCCACUCCUCUUCUUUGCACCCAUCCGCCGCCUCCGGCUCUUUGCAUUCUACAGCCAGGUCCUACUGCAGGUCCUCAUCAUCCUCACGGGUAACUACAACUUCUUCAACAUGCUCACCAUUGUCCUGGCCUUCUCCCUGCUGGAUGAGGAACACGUGGGACACUGGCUGGGGCGCAGCAAGCGGAGGCACACCAGCACCUGGCCCCCCAGCCUGCAGUCCCUCUUCUCUGCCUUGCUGGAGCUAAGCGUCUAUGGCUUCCUGCUUUACUGGAGUGUCCAGUACUUUGGCCUGGAGAUCAACUGGGAGAAGAAGCUGCUGGACUCCAAAGUGGCCUUCACCUAUCAUGAGUUCAUGACAUGGCUGCGGGCAGUGACCCUACCACUGGUGGGGCUGGCCUUCCUCUCACUCUCCUGGGAGAUUCUCUCUGCCAUGUACAGGUGUGCCUGUGUGCGCGGCUGCUUCUGGAAGCUCUGGGCCACGCUGCAGUGGGCCAUCUUCGCCACCGCGACCAUGGGGAUGUUUGCCAUCAGCUUGGUGCCCUUCACCUACAUUGACUAUGAGUCCAGUGGCAAGCUGUGGCCUGGCAUCUACCAGAUGUUCAACGCAGUGGAACGCUUCCAGGUGGUGAACUCCUAUGGGCUCUUCCGCAGGAUGACUGGUGUUGGUGGGCGGCCCGAGGUGGUGCUGGAGGGCAGCUACGACAAGCAGAUGUGGACGGAGAUCGAGUUCAUGUACAAGCCUGGGAACGUCAGCAGGGCCCCCCCUGUGGUUGCCCCACACCAGCCCCGCCUUGACUGGCAGAUGUGGUUUGCAGCACUGGGCCCCCACAGCAGCAGCCCCUGGUUCACCAGCUUCGUCUACCGCCUGCUGCAGGGCAAGAAGGAUGUGAUCCGCCUGGUGCAGGUUGAUGAAUCCCAGUAUCCCUUCAGUGCCCAGCCGCCCGUCUACAUCCGCGCCCAGCUCUACAAGUACUGGUUCACCAGCAGUGCUGAGGGCAGCGAGGACCCCGCACGAUGGUGGCGGCGACAGCAUGUCCAGGAAUUCUUCCCCACUGUCUCCCUGGGUGAUCCCACACUGGAGAGCCUGCUCCGCCAGCAUGGGCUGAAGGACAAGACGCCGCUGAAGCGCUCGGUGGACGCCUUCCUGCCCUGGCUGCUGCAGUCCCUCCGCCAGCUCAGCCGCCCUUUCUCCGGCCCCAUCGUCCUUUGGUCCCUGUACCUCGUGGUGGCUACCGUCUGUCUCCUGCGAGCCCUGGGUCACCGGCCCCGGGGGGGCACAGCCCCUGCCCGCCACAAAGGCCCCAGACGGGGGGAGCCUGCGGACCGAGGGGGUGGUGAGAAGAAUGGGCAGGUGCGGAGGAAGGAGGCAAAAGAGAUGGAGGAGAAAGGUGAGGGCCGGGCCCGGGGCUUGGGCGAUGGCCAUGGUGAUGGCUCCCGUGGCACCAAGAAGAAGAAGUAGCGCAUGGAGCCACUGGCCAGGGCCCUGUCAUCCACCCACGGACUAAUGGCGCUGCCUGCGUGCCCUGCUGCCUGCCCCUGCCUCCCUCCCCGGGGUGGGGGUCCCUGGCUGGGGUGCAGCAGACUGGUCCCCACCCCUGCCAGCAUGCUGCCCACCCCAGGGCAAGCUCGCUGCUCUCCCCCACUGCCAGUGCCUUCGCACACAGUGUGGUCAUCGCUCGCGGAUGGCAGUGUGGGGCAGAGUGGGUCAGCUCCCUCACCUCUACCGGGCUCCCCUGGGCUUGGAGCUGCCCCUCUGUCCCCCGACCCUGUGAAGGGGGCUGUGCCAGGCUGCGGCAGGGUGCUUUGUGCUGGCAGGUUGAUGCUCUGUGCCGGCGGGAGCAGCUCUGGGCAGCUGCAGCAAGGCAGUGCCAGCUCUCGCGGUUAUCCUGCCUGGCUGCCCCUGGACCUGUGCUCGGGGCAGUUUGGGGUGCUGCCCCCCACAGAGCCCCCUGUCCCUGUGCGAGGGCUCUGGCUGUAACAUGCUUCCCAGCGGCUCGGCCCUGAGCACAGAGGUUUCCUAUAAUUUUCUAAAUAAAGCCUUUGACAUUCCA